GCAGAGCGGGCGCGGCGGGCGCGCGUCCCGGGCAGCCCCACGCCCCUGCCUCGCGCGCCGUCCGCGCCAUGAAGCACAUCCCGGUGCUCGAGGACGGGCCGUGGAAGACCGUGUGCGUGAAGGAGCUGAACGGCCUCAAGAAGCUCAAGCGGAAAGGCAAGGAGCCGGCGCGGCGCGCGAAUGGCUAUAAAACUUUCCGAUUGGACUUGGAAGCGCCGGAGCCCGGCGCCGCCGCCACCAACGGGCUGCGGGACAGGACCCAACGUCUGCAGCCGGUCCCAGUCCCAGUGCCAGCCCCAGUGGCGCCGGCCGUUCCCCAAAGUGGGGGCGCGGACACAGCCGGGGAGCGCGGGGGCUCCCGAGCGCCCGAAGUCUUGGAUGCGCGGAAACGCGGAUUCGCCCUGGGCGCAAUGGGGCCAGGACUCUCUACACAGGCGCCGCCGCCUCCGGCGACCCAGGGCCAGGCACCCGUGGGCUCCGAGGCACAGCCUUUCCGGGAGCCCAGCCUGCGUCCCCGCAUCUUACUGUGCGCUCCGCCGGCGCGCCCCGCGCCCCCAGCGCCCCCAGAGCCCACAGUGCGCCCCGCGCCCCCCACGCGCACCGGGGAAAGUUCCUACUCUUCAAUUUCACACGUAAUUUACAAUAACCACCCGGAUUCCUCCGCGUCGCCUAGGAAACGGCCAGGCGAAGCGACUGCAGCCUCCUCCGAGAUCAAAGCCCUGCAGCAGACCCGGAGGCUCCUGGCGAACGCCAGGGAGCGGACGCGGGUGCACACCAUCAGCGCAGCCUUCGAGGCGCUCAGGAAACAGGUGCCGUGCUACUCGUAUGGGCAGAAGCUGUCCAAACUGGCCAUCCUGAGGAUCGCCUGCAACUACAUCCUGUCCCUGGCGCGGCUGGCCGACCUCGACUACAGCGCCGACCACAGCAACCUCAGCUUCUCCGAGUGUGUGCAGCGCUGCACCCGCACCCUGCAGGCCGAGGGACGUGCCAAGAAGCGCAAGAUGUCCCCGUUCGGAACAUUUCCUGGGAAUGGAAUCGGAUAAUACGUGGCUUGCUGUCGCUGGGCUGCUUUUCGGAGUGACCGCCGCGGGCUAGCUGAGGACGCUGCUGCGGGUCCUUUCCAGCGCGGCGCGAGGAGACGGCGAGCUCGCCCAGUCCAGCCCGGUCGUCUUCUGCAAGAUGCCGCCAGAUGCUCAGCCCGCCGCCUCUCAGGGUCAGACGGGCAUGCCUCCCUGGGCCCGGCCCUCACCCGGCCACUCCGAGGUUACUUCGCACUUUGCCCUCCGCCGGGGGGCGGGGAGGGCUCAGCCUCCCCCUCGCUCGGGGCCUGAGGCCCGCCACCUGGCUGCAGAAAUCCAUUGCCAAAGAUUCAACAGAGACACUGAACAAAACGGGGUGACGCAACCCAACAGCGAGGCUGCACUGUCGCUCUGACCUCUGUCCCUCCUGUGGCCUGAGUCCCAUCUCAAGCCAAGGACGAGUCGGCAGUUCCACCAGGAACUCGUGGAAGGCAUGGGCACAUGGCCUCUGGAAGCCCGUGCCCCUGACCCUGCGUGCUCCGCACUCGCCAUGCACUGGCUGGGUGCGAGAUAAGCCUGGAUGCUGGGAGAGGGAGGCCGGGGGUGCCUGGGGGGCGGGGGUAGGGCCUGAGGUCCCUGCCCCUCUCUCCCACCCACCAGCUGCCCGGGCACGGGCCUCGAUUCUCAGCGUUCUCUGGGCCCAGACCCUUGGGCCCUGAGACUCACAGGAAGGGAGUAAGAGUGGAAGAAAGAAAUAUGGCCUCGUCUCCCACCCCAACGACUUGCCCCAGGGCACUGCCCAAGAGUCCUUGCUCCCCCAGUUGCCACCCCUCCCCGGUGCCCUGUGUGGCUGGGCAACCAGAUGGCACCCUGCUUGGAGGCCAGCGUCUGCCACAGGUUGCUCGGGAGGGGCAGAGGGACGGGGGGACAGGGCAUGGGCCAGUAUGUGGGGAAGGGGGUGUUCAAAGCCAAGGGCUGCGCCUUCCUUGUGCUCAGAAGGCCAGAGCUGCUCACAUCUGUGCUCAACCAUCUGCUUCAAA